AUGCAGGACAAGCUGUCAAACAAUCCCGAGCUAUGCGAUUGCCUUACAACACCACUAGAGAACUGUCUGGACAUUUUUGAGGAGUUUACAAACACAUUGAAUGGCUUCACGCAAACGACUCGGGAUGGUAAAGUCAAGGUCCGGACAUGGAAAAACAUUGCGUGGGCAUUCAAAGAUAAGGAGAUUCAACUUUUUCGAGACACAGUCACCACAUACAAAAUGUCUCUGGACAUGACUGCUCUUGAUGUUGAUCGAGUCGAAUUGGCGAGCAUUUCCGGCCGCAAGGGGUCUGAGUGGUAUGGGACAGAUGCUCAUUUUGCCCUGAACCGCUUUCUCGACUACACAGAGACUCUUUGUGACUCUCCUCCUCGAUCGUUCCCCGGUUCACCGUCUCUUCUACCAGUCGAAGCCUCUCAGGACCUUGAUAGCCUGGGAGGAAUGCAAAACUCGUUACCAGAAGUUGCGCAAUACCCAACCACUCUACCAAUCCCCAGGAACGUUAUUCCUCCUCCCUUGCCGAAGGCGUACAGCAACGCCGAGCCCAAGUUCGAUCUAUUGGGGCUGCUGUGGAAGGUCACGGGUCGCAAAAACCCCAAGUUUGACAUUGGAACGAUCGAUCUUUCUUGCUCAUUUGUCGUGUGCGAUAUCACUAUGGACGAUUGUCCCAUCGUCUACGCUUCCGCGAUGUUCCAGAACCUGACGGGAUAUUCACGGAGAGAGGUUGUUGGCAAGAAUUGUAGGUUCUUGCAAGCCCCAGAUGGAUUCGUUCAGGUAGGUCAGCAGCGAAAUUAUGUGGAUAACGAAGCGGUGUUGAGGUUGAAGAAGGGUCUUGAAGCGAGAGACGAAGUUCAACAAAGUCUGAUCAACUAUCGCAAAGGAGGCAAGCCAUUUCUGAACUUGCUAACGCUCAUUCCUAUUCCUUGGGAUGGAGGCGAAACCCGAUUCUACGUCGGGUUCCAGGUCGAUCUAGUCGAACAGCCUGGUGCCAUUAUCCAGGAGAAGGAGCAUAGCAUAAGAGUUGACUAUAGAGUCACGGGAUCCAUCUCAAAGCGAAGGGUUCAGGAGAUGGCAGACGCAGACUCAGACUUCUUGGCGACAGGCGCUUCAGGGGCUUUUGGACACAUCUGA